AUGGAAGCCCUAAGGGUGAAGCUUGUCCCGAUGCGGUCAGAAUGUUCCAAUCAGGUUGCUUGAUUUGAGCCCCUCUGCCUCUCGGUCUGCUAUCGAAUCUCUGUAACGGCCGUCAUGGCGCCCCCGCGACAGCGUGCCCCAGCGAACCUAGACGAUUCCCGCUCAGAAGCCUCCAGCGGCACCAGAGAACACAAGGGAGCCGGUUCGAAGAGUAGAAAACCGGCCAAUGUAUCUGCUGCGGCUAUUUCGAUGGCUACAAAGGAUAUGAGAGUGGCAGCCACCGUUGCCACUGUCAGCGGUCUUCCCACCAGUGAAGAAGCUAGACUGUCGGAAGAAUUGCCUGCAAUCCCCUGGUCCGACAUGUCCCUCGCGACACUGCAUGAUUAUCGGCACGCUUUCCGACUCUCCACCCCCAGCGCCUAUUCUCGAUCAUACAAUCGAAUCCUCCUCUCACAGGGAAUUGGUCUCCGGUCACCGACUGCUAUUGCUGCUCGACGGGCGCAGUUGACCAAAUCUUCCCGCGAGCUGAACGGUCCCGCCCCGGAAAAGGAUAUUUCGGAUUCCGCCUCCACGGGCACCCUACCAGGUCAGGUUAUCAGCCAACACACCAUCUACCCAAGUGGCAGGGGACUCGACACUCCUCGUCUGCACCGUAUAAUCGGCCAAGGUCGUGUGAGUAAGGAUCAGCUCGCCCUGGCGGUACGCAAGCACUUCAACUCUGCCGGACUCGUGGAACAGGAAGCAGUCGUGCGCUUCCUCUACAAAGUUCGCGAGGAGGGGAAAGGUCGGGAGUUUCGACUGCGGUUCCAACCCUGACGACUAGUCGUUUUCCUAUGGCUUGUGUUGUCAUUACGGUCUGCCACUACCAGUCCGACUGAAAGCUCGCAACACUCUCUGCAGCCCC